AUGGCAGACCUUUCGAAGAGACGGGCUGAAUACGAUGCGGUUGCGCAUCCAGGUCCACGUUUGAAGCCUGCGAGUUACUGUACAAAGCUCGUCUGGACUAUUUUCAUUUCCAUACUGAUCAUAGUCUCAUCACUAUAUUACCGUGGGUUUGGUCAAACAAAGGGUGAGCUCUUGAAGCUACUGGAUCUGGGUAGUACCAAGAGUGAAGAGCAGUUGGUCAGAAAAUAUGAUUUGCAAAUUGGCGGUCGAUGGAUGAACCCCGAUGGAGGUCGUUGGAGAGUCAUGUUUGUUUGUAACGGUGAAACGCCAUGUCCAACCCUGAAAGCUCAAGAGGGGGAUUUGGUCGAGAUUGCUGUUCACAGCGAUAGCUAUUUUCAAUCUUCCAUUCAUUGGUCUGGAGUUGGAUAUCGUCACACGGAGGCAUGGAACGAUGGAACCGCAGGACUCUCGCAGUACCCCAUGUUACCGAGGGGAAACUACACGAAUGUCCACGACACCACAGGCGCUUGGGGUUUGAGUUGGUACGCCGAUCACACAACUGCAGCCUCAGCAGACGGGCUGUACGGAAUGAUCUAUGUGGCUCCAGAUCCAGCCCGACCUCGGCCAUACAAGCUGAUAACCGACAAUCCACUUGAAUUGCGACAGAUCAUGGAAGCAGAGCAAAACAUCCAGCACUUGGCCCUGAAAAAUCACAUGCACAGAGACACCAACUGGAAGCUACUGCGCAUGAGAGCAGAAGGUUCCGAGUUCCACUGUUAUGAUUCCCUAUUAGUGAACGGCAAGGGUCGUAAUCUGUGCCGCGCACCUGGCUACGAUGAGCUCAACGGUCAGAUUCUCGAUGAGACAGGAUGCAUCCAGCCUGCAGGAUUUCCACCAGUUUCGUGUACUCCCAGUGAUGCCGAUUUCGAGGUUAUUGAGACCGAGGGCCGUGGAUACAUCAUGCUCAACUUGGUAAAUGUAGGAUUCGAACAUGAAGUUCGAGUCGCCAUCGAUCAUCACGAAAUCUUUAUUGUCGCUAAUGACGGCGGUUUUGUCGAGCCGAUGCUGGGCGAUGUCAUUUACAUCCCAAGUGCUUCACGAUUGACUAUACUUGUCAAGCUUGAUCAGGCGCCAGGCGAUUACGCCAUGCGCAUAUCGUCGACAAGCCAGUUGCAAAACCUCCAGGGCUUUGCUCUCUUGAGAUACCCGGCCAAACGUCAACCAAUUCUCGGCCAACCCAUGCAGCUCCCAGCUGUAGACGAGAAUGAUAUUUGUCUCCUACCCGACGCUUCCGUAAAGGACAAGUGCAGCCUGAUUGACGGAGAACAGACGAGCCCAUACCCUCCCGCACCGCCGUCUCGCGCUCGAAACUCGCUAGCUGAGGGAGCAGCAGACUUUACCUUUCACCUGUCAGCUGGAGUGCAAAAGUCUCAGACGGAAAAGUUUGCCCCUGAAUAUUUCUUGAAUGGAAAGCCCUGGCAGCUCUUUCGAGGUGCCUUGGAACCUCUUCUCUUUACAAACUUUAGCAGCCCAAGUGCUCAGAGUGCCCUAGAGAAGCCGGUUAUACACGGCCUGCCAAUGGGUUCCGUGGUGGACCUCAUCGUUGAAAAUCAACUCAACGACACCAUCCCUCUGUACAAACACGGAAAGCCCGCAUGGCUCUUGGGAUCUCAAGCGCAUGCCAACUUUUCUCAUGAGACGGUAGCGGAGGCUGUAAAUGGCCAUGCGCCUUCUCUAAAUCUUCACAAUCCGCCGCUUGUCGUCGUGCAUGAUCUGCCACCGCUGGGGUGGAGUGUUCUCCGAUUCGAGGUGACGACCAAGGCAGCAACCAUGCUUCACGCUGUGAAGCUCAGAUACUUUGUCCUCGGCAUGUCUGCCCCAAUUCUAGAGGGGAUCACGGCGGAUGAUCCUAUCAAAGUUCCCACUUCUGCUCUGGAGAGACCUCAUAUCGAAUUCGAGCCAAAGAAUGAUGGAGUGUUUGGUUAA